CCAACUUUCACUGACAACUUGUUAGGUUCGCCACCGUGGUUUCGAAUCAUUCACAGUCAUUCCGCGACGUUGGUAGAUCGCGGCAGCGUCGCUCAAUUCCUCGCGUCGAGGCGUGGUUCACAUCGUCUGGACAAUUUUCGAUUUUUCGUUACGUCGCCAGUUUUCGAAUUCUACGAGAACAAUACCAAUCGUCUCGAGUGAUACUAGAAUUUCGAAAUCUUCGUCGCGAUUGCCCGUUAUUGCUGUGCUCGUGUCAGUGAUUUCACUUUCAACCAGAUCUGUGCGUUUCGCGAGCUAAUUCGUGUUUUUACAGAGGAUCCGAGAAACUCGAAAUUGCCCGAUUGAAGAGGAAUACGUAGCCGAGGAGUUUCACCGCGCCGUCCGGUUUUCAUUCUCGAGUGUUGGUGAUUGCGUUGGGAUUGCGACACACACGGUACGAAGAAAGUGGAAGUGAACGGAGAGCGAAAGUUCUGUUAUAACUUCCUCCGUGAUCGUUGAAAGUCGACGAUCUCUGGCCACGAGACUACUCGUGUGUUCGUCGAUGCUGCUCACGGGUGUACCAGAGCUAAGGAGACUAAGAUACGAACGGGCAGAUCCAGUUGCGCGGCGCGUUCUUGCAAUCCGGUGGAUCUGAAUCGGUGGAGGCCGCAGUGAAUGGAGGAUCGCCGAUCGGUGCGGAGGCGGCGUUUCACGUUGCUGUACACGCGAAGGACGCGGGCCAGCAUGGUCAUGUACAUCAGCACCGUGCGUCUCGUGAUUCUCCUCGGGAUGUUCCUCAUGUUCACCGGCGACUACAGCUACCUGACCACCACGAUUUUCGGCCGUUCGUCCCGCGAAAAUACCACCGAACCGGUUAAAAAUCUGGAGGAUGCCGGCAGCAAACUUCCUGCGAACGGCAUAGCCUUGGCAACGGUGAAGAAGGACAACGAGAAAGAGAACGCGAUCUCACGACGCGCAAAGAUGAUGGCGACAAUCAAGACGGCUUGCUUGCCCAAGCUUAUAUGCGAACUGACCUCGUCGGUCCAUCAGGACCAGCUGAGUGAGAUGGAACGAACCUUGCUGAAUUUAAUCAGGGACACGAGUUUGAACACGAUGGCGGAAGUGCGCUCGAGGUACCACUUCGCGGCGCAUAUGGGUCAACUGAUAUCCGGCGUGGAAGGUCAGGGAUGUCAUAAUUUCUACCCCACCUGCCCGCUGCCCGGCUCCAGCGUUCUCAGCAUGAUGAAGAAGAUUCGCUUACGCUGACACCGCGGAGCCAAGCGGACAAACAAUGAAAAUAUGCGACGGCGUAAUCUGUGAUAUCGCAGACGACAUUCUCUUUCUUUCUUUUCUUUGUAACGUUGCUACGACGAAGUAGCAACUUUUUAGAGUUGAAGGGUAAUCUUUACUUAUUGUUAGCUCUGAAAGAUGGCCCAUUCUUACGGAUGAAAUGAAGGAAUUCAUCAUCGUGGAAAGAAAGGAAGAUCGCGAGAACGAGAAAAAAGAGACGAACUGGAUAAAGAUUGUGUUGAAGAUGAUUGAGAGAAACUUGUGCCUGGAUUAAGGAAUGUACCCGAGUUCCAGUGAACAGUCAUUGGAUUAGACGAUAGCGUUUAAUCGAUGUAAGAUUGUUUUAAACUAUUUUAGACUGUUUAAGUGAAUCGAGUAGUAUUUAAUUCGCCUGACAAAUCCCGCACGUUUAGAAGGGAAAAUAUAGUAAUUAUUUAUUUCUUGUCGACGAACGAUAUUUGACUGUACGUUUUUUAUGAAACGAAUUUUCUGUAUCAUGAAAAACACAGUGUCGAGAGCGAAGCUCUUUCGAACAUAUUAAAAAUCAAUCAUUACUUGUGUUUUACAAAAAAUUUCGUGCAAUGUAACAUUCUGUUCAUGUCAAGUUUCUUAAAAUAAUUUUAUAUCAAUAAUAUUUAAUAUUUAUUAAUAACGUUUGUAAUAAUAAUUUUCAAUGUUAUAAAAAUAAAAAUGUCCAGGCAUUUACAGCAAAUUUAAAGCCGAAAGUAUUGUACUGAUUGUAACAUUUCGAAAUGAAAUACACGAAGAUAAAACAAA